AUGACCGUGGUGUCCACCGAGAACAUGGACGAGACCUCCACCCUGCCGGGGCACCCACAGGACCCCUACCCGCCAGACGACGACCAUGACGACCAUGACUGCUGCGAGCGGGUGGUCAUCAACAUCUCGGGGCUGCGCUUCGAGACCCAGCUGAAGACUCUCGCUCAGUUCCCGGAGACACUCCUUGGGAACCCAAAGAAGAGGAUGCGCUACUUCGACCCCUUAAGAAACGAGUAUUUCUUUGACCGGAAUCGCCCGAGCUUUGAUGCCAUCUUGUACUAUUACCAAUCAGGGGGAAGGCUAAGAAGGCCGGUGAACGUGCCGCUGGAUAUGUUCUCAGAGGAGAUUAAGUUUUACGAACUGGGCAUGGAAGCCAUGGAGAAGUUUCGUGAGGACGAAGGGUUUAUCCGGGAGGAGGAGCGGCCUCUUCCAGAGAACGAGUUCCAAAGGCAGAUCUGGCUACUCUUCGAGCAUCCGGAGAGCUCGGGGCCCGCCCGAGGGAUCGCCAUCGUCUCAGUGAUGGUUAUUCUUAUUUCAAUAGUUAUAUUUUGUUUGGAGACACUACCUGAGCUCAAGGAGGACCCUAGUGAGAGGUAUCAGACUGUGGGGAACAUCACCACAUACCACAACCCAAAUGUUCUCACAGACCCGUUCUUCGUGGUGGAGACGCUUUGCAUCAUCUGGUUUUCCUUUGAGUUAAUCGUCCGUUUUUUUGCUUGUCCAAGCAAAGCGGCGUUCUUUAAAAACAUGAUGAACUCUAUAGAUAUCGUGGCUAUAAUCCCGUACUUCAUCACUCUAGGAACGGAGCUGGCUGACGACCAAGGCAACAAGGAGGGGAAGGGAGGAGGAGAACAGGCCACGUCUUUGGCAAUUCUCAGGGUUAUCCGCUUGGUGAGGGUGUUCAGGAUCUUUAAACUGUCCCGACAUUCAAAGGGUCUCCAGAUUUUGGGGCAAACUCUAAAGGCAAGCAUGCGGGAGCUUGGCUUGCUCAUCUUCUUCCUUUUCAUCGGAGUUAUUUUGUUCUCCAGCGCCGUCUACUUCGCCGAGGCCGAGGAGAAGGAGUCGUUCUUCGGAAGCAUCCCGGAUGCUUUCUGGUGGGCAGUGGUGUCUAUGACCACUGUCGGUUACGGGGACAUGUACCCCGUGACCAUCGGAGGGAAGAUUGUGGGUUCACUGUGCGCCAUCGCCGGAGUGCUAACUAUUGCACUUCCUGUUCCUGUCAUUGUGUCCAAUUUCAACUACUUCUACCACCGGGAGACGGAGGGUGAGGAGCAGGCGCAGCUGCUAAACGUCAGCAACCAGAACUUGGCAUCGGAGACCAACUCAAGCCGCCGCAGCUCCUCGGUGGUCAGCAAGUCAGAGUACAUGGAGAUUGACGAGGACAUGAACAACAGCAUCGAUAACUUUAGGGAAGCAAACCUUAGGACUGCCAACUGCACGGCGCCCAGCCAGAACUGUGUGAACAAGGCAAAGCUGCUCACUGAUGUGUGA